GUACCAAAUAGCUUCUCACUCUCAGAAUCUAAAAUACGAAAGAAAUUUCGAAAUUUCGAAAAAUGAAAAUCCUGAGCCAACUUUUUCCGAUCAUCUUCUUCGUAAUCUAGAGCAGCCGUUGGGGGUUUGGUUACGGUACACCAUGCCCACAUAACAAUUGCUGUAGCCGUCACCUCCUCUAUCCACAGCCGUUGGAUCGUGUGAAUGGGAUCGUCAUCGGCGUUCAUCCUGAUCUGCCUGCUACACUGUCUGAUCGCGGUGACUUGCGGGUCCCUGAUGAUGUUCUACAUGAAGGAUGUGUACAAGCUGGGGCACGGGAUCGAGACGACGACGAAGCUGCUGGGGUCCACGCCACACGACCAGCUUCUGAUCCGGACCUCCGACUCCUUCUCGGGCUUGCUCAUGUUCGCGAUCGGGUUCCUCCUCUUCAUGGUGGCCUUCGUCAGGGACCGAGACUUCCAGGCCUUCUUCGCCAAGGGGUGCACGUUUCUCCAUGUUUCCAUGGCCAUGUGGCGCGUCUACUUCGAGAGCAGGGUUGAGGAUCUCGCCUGGGAUUCGCUCAGGCAGACAGUUGGCGACAUCCUAUUGGCUACCUCGUGGGUGUCUUUUCUUGUUUACUCCUGGAGAGAGAAGUACGAUUAGGCCCCUGGCUUCUCUCCUUAAUUACGAUUCUCUCUUUUUUUUUUUUUUUUUUUUUUUUUGUCGUAAAUUUUGUUUUAUUAUAUUGGGUAUCUCUAAUAGUAUAAUGGAAUACUCGUCUUUGUAAAUCUCUUCAUCUUGAAUUAAUAACGGUGAAGAUUUUGUGAAUUAAUUAAGUAAAGAUAGUGCAAUUGGGUGUGUUGUUAAUUAGUAUUUGGGGUG